GUAUAAUAUUUAUAUAGUUUCCGCCAGUUCCAACACCGCGCUGCCGGAGAGAUAAACAACUGUUCAACAGGUCCCCGACGCUGAAACUUCUUUGUUCGUUUUCUGCGUUUCUUAAAGGCUUAAAUACUACGAUGGCUGAUAAGAUGAAUAUGUCUCUGGACGACAUUAUCAAGCUGAACAAGAAAGGAGGCAGCGGCCGCGGAAGAGGAUCGUCCGGGCCGGGUGGAAGUUCAGGUCGGGCCGGUGGAUCAUCGGGGCCGACGAGGAGUCGACAGAAUAACUUCAACCGUGAGAGAAACAACAGAUCCACACCGUAUACCAGGCCAAGAGAGUUACCAGACAAAUGGCAGCAUGACAUGUUUGAGGAGCAUGUGAGUGGGCGCAGAGGACAAAGUGCAGGACCUGAAGGAAGUGUAGAAAAUAGUGGCAAGCUGCUGGUUUCCAAUCUGGACUUUGGCGUCUCUGACUCUGAUAUCAAGGAGCUGUUUGCAGAGUUUGGGGGGCUGAGGAAAGCAUCUGUACACUAUGACCGAUCUGGUCGCAGUAAAGGAACAGCAGAUGUUCACUUUGAAAAUAAGGCAGAUGCACUAAAAGCCAUGAAGCACUAUAAUGGUGUCCCACUUGAUGGCCGCCCAAUGAAAAUCCAACAGGUGACAUCAGAGGAUGAUGUGCAGAGUAGACAGUCCGCACAGAGUUCAAACAAAGGGUUUGACCGGAGCAGGCUCGGUCAGCCCAAAUUUGAAAGGAGGGAACGGGGUGAACGGGGUGAACGGAGGCGAGGUGGUGGUGGCAGUGGAGGUUUCAGAGGUCGUGGAAGAGGUGGAAACAGACCCCAACUUUCUGCAGAGGAGUUGGAUGCCCAGUUGGAUGCUUACAAUGCCAAGUUUCAGAUGGACACCAGUUAGAAGCACUCAGGGAGGAUGCUGCUUUGCUCCUUUUUUUAAAAUUUUGGACAUUAAUGUAAAAAAAGUCCGGGUCAGGGUAAUCUGAUAUGGUGGAUUGGACUUUAGUACACCUAUGUUUUGAAGCCAUUUUAUUGUAUGGAACAUUGUAUUCUGCUGACUUAUUUUUUUUAUUACUGUUGCCAUGUUUUCUGGGGCAGUUUUAAGUUGGAUUUACAUGCAUUUUUCUCUCAGGCAACCAGCUCCUGUUCUCUUUGUGUAGUUAAUUAAUUUGAAUGUGCAACAUGAUUUUUUUCCCCUCUUUUCAAUCAUGUAAACCUGAAUUAAUGGUUUAACGGGCUGUUUAAUGUACUGAUAAAAUGUUAAAUGAUAAUGUACAUCAGUUCAUUUACUUGAUACUGUAUACUUGACAUGAUGAACGUGUUUCAAAUGGUUUUGUACAUAAAUACAUUGAAUCAUC